AUGAACGAUGCUGAUGCGAUCUUCGGCCUGCUGUUGAUCGCUUUGGGCGCACUGAGCUUCAACACCGCACCCAAAGUCUACGUCUAUUAUCUAUUUAUCGUGGGUGGUAUUAAUUUCAUUGCUGCAAUGUUGGGUUGCUGCGGCAUUUGCCAGGAGGAUGUUUGUCUCACGACCACGUAUGCCAUUGUCAUUGCGCUCUCUUUGGCCUCCCAAAUUGUUGGCAAAAUCUACGCUUCCGAUUCGACGGCAAUCAAGCAAUUCGCCACCAAGGAUGUGGAGAAGACGUGGUUGGAGGAGAUCAAAAUGCCAGGAGCCAUGAAUAAUACACAACAAACGCAACAUUGUAUCGUUGAGCAUAAUUCAGUUUUUAGCGAUGAAGCUUCAUCAAAGACCAGUGUAUAUCGAUUGUAUGGUGAACGUAAUUAA